AUGUUCAUGGCUUUGUUGACGAGACUGCCAUUCUGGCCUCGAUGGUCUUACGGCGAGGAUUAUGCAUUUUUCCAGACCCUCUGCCACCAGGCUGUGGUAGAAGUGGCUGCUGCCCCGGGAGAGGAAAUCUUCUUGCCGGGUACCAGCUGUAAUCAUGCCCAUAUCAUUGAGUCUGGAGCUCUCGGAUACACGCCAGCCCGUUUGGCCUCCUCAAUGGGAACUUCAACAACUAGUAUGGCGAGAAACUCCGCAGAGUCUGUGACGAGGCAUCAGCACAUCAGCCUCGUGGCUCUCUGGGCAGAUUGGCACCAUCGCGGCAAGUUGAGUGCAAUCUGGGGCAUGUGCUAUUUUGUCUCCAUCGAUUGCGAUGCCUUCGGCCAUUGUGCCCACAAGUACAACGGCCCACUCUUCCGGUUCCUGCACAUCUUCGGCGUUUUGCUCAUCGGCCAACUUGAAGCCAUGCACGACGAGGGUCUGGUGGUGACCGAUCUUGGCGUGAGCAAUGAGAGGCAGAAAGAGCUCUCCACUCGUGCGCAGGGCUUCGUGUCCCUCGUCGAGAACAGCCAUGCUUCCAGGAGGAGGAAUAUCAGCCCGACCAAUGCGAAACACUUCUUGAAGAGCGCAUCGUUUUUGUCCUCAAACAUUUCUGAAAACCAGUCAGUGACUUGGCCGCACGGGAGGGUCAGAAGUGAAGACAGGUCUGCAUUGUCGGCCUAA